AUGGCCGCUUCUUCGCUUCACGAGAGGCCCUUGGAUGGGCCAACGGUUGGAGCUACAGCUUGGGGCCACCGGCCUGCAUUGAAGCGCUUCUCUGGUGAAGCCUUGAGCUCAGAUCGCUGUGGAGCCGAAGUCCAGCCUUUGAGAAUGGUUGCCCAGAAGCCCCAACGUCCCAACCUGCUCAGAUCGGUGACUUCGACUUGUCUGCCUUUCGUGCAGCUGAAGCCUGCUUCUCAGCUGCCCCACGCGUGGCUGGCUCGUGGAUUGUUUGUGCAGGGAUACAGACCGUACGAGCCUGACGAGUUCUCGGAGGCGGAGUCUCAGGACUCCCAAGAAUCUCUUUCGGGAUAUGUGCAGAGCCGAUGGGACGACACGAAGGCUGAGAGGCGCUAUGCUUAUGGCACUGACGCAUGCGUGAAGUUCUCCGGCGUGAGGCGAAUGGAGUGGAAUCGGCCGGAGUGGAAGGACGGCCUGCUCAAGACAAACCACUUGGGCGCUCGCACUCCAGUCGAAAAGAUGAAGGCAGCAGUGUUCAAGGUCAUGGCGAUGAACAGGGUCUACAAAGGCAUCUCAGCACCCCCGGCAGAGUGGCAAUUCGAGGUGGAACGGCAAAAGGCAGGGCGACUUGCUGAGGAAGCCAGGCUCAUCAAAGCUGAGAAGGAGAGGGUCAAGAAGGAGAAGAUGAAGUCCAAACUUGCCCGGAAGGAAGCACGUGCCAAUGCUCGGGGUGAGCGCCAGGCAGUCAUUGAGAAGCAGCUGAUGCAACAGAACACACAGGCACAAACCCUUGUGGAGGAUAUGGAGGAGGCUCUAUUGAAGGUGCCCGAGCUGCAGCCACCAGGGGUGCCCGGGCUACAUCCGCAAGAACUUUUCGAGGCGAGACUGGUGCUGCGUGAUCUCGCGACCAGCGGCUUGGGUCAGAAGGUGAGCGAGCUCGGAGGCGCCCCUGCGAUUCCUACGCACGCCAGACGAGAACCUCCACCUCCCAGAAAGGUGCAGAACUGGAACCAGGAGACCCUCUCUAGCUGGUUCAAUGAGGUGCUGCGCAAGCAAUGCGUCGUGUUCUGUCCUCUUUGCCGUGCUGCGCUUGCCGUGCUGAGGCACUGUCCCAUUCUUUUGCUCGCUUUGCCGCUCACCCCUCUGGCAGAGGCAGAUGUGCAAAAGACCCUGAAUGUCCAAGUGUCCUCUGCGCUGUCCGCUGACGACAGCUGCGAUAGGGGUGCCUCCAACGCAUGUGGUCUCGGUGCUUUGCAAGCUGCCGUCCACGCACGAAGUGCCAAGGAGCGAUCCCAAGAAGCGAAGCUGAACGAGGAAGACAGGUCCAUAUUUGCCACCUCCUUGAUAGAGAAAGCCGACACUGCAAGCGAGAAGUCGAAUUCGUCGUUGUCAAUGACCAGCGACUCGAUGACCACUGACUUAAAGACCAAUGGUAAUGAAGCACUGCAGGCUCUUGAGCACUUGAUGUUCAAGGACUUGAACCUCAACGACACCCAAAUUGACAAGCUCUUCAAGGGCGUGGUGCUGGCUGUAGCAACUGAGGCCGAGAGAAAGAACCAGAACGCGAUGGGCCGCGGGGUUCUCAAGCUGCUCCGCCAAGCGGCACUAAAAGCGCUGAGAGCCCAGAAGUCCGACCCGUUUGAUGUCCAGCCCGGCUACUCCUGGCUAGAGGAAAACGAAGUGGAGUACGCCAGGGCAUCCCUGGCGCUUCCGAUUACCGGGGGGUCUAUUCUGAUCCUCGCCCUGGUCUCUCUGAACUUCUUCCACCGAACAUUCGGCCCGGCCAAGGAUGACCAGGUCGGACUGCCUGGAAACUUGUCACCCGGCCUGGAUACCACCUCGACAGCAACACCACCCCUCAGUGAGAACCUGGAGACGGGCUUCGAAGAUAGAGUUGACGAGAAUGCUACUACACCCGGUAGCACCAGUGCCAUCGACGACUAUGCGAUGUCAGUGUCCAGUGGCGACGAGUCGAUGGAACCGAAGAAAGAUGAGGAGGUGAGAGCUUCAUUCAAUGCACUGUUCCGCUUCGCUCGCCCAUGGGAUCUGAUAUGCACUACGCUUGCCAUGGUUUUGGGCGCCGUGCAUGGUGCUUGCAUGCCUAUGGCCUUCUUCUUCCUGUCUGACCUUUAUCAAGCGGUUUACAUGCCGAAUGACGAUGGUUCCCUGCCACCUGUCCAUGCGCCGCACACCAUCCGGGACUCCAAGGUAGCAGAGGUUGGCCUGACCUAUGUGCUACUCGCCUUGGUUGUCUUGGUUGCAAGAACUGGCGGAUGCUAUUUGGUUAUCAAGGCAGCUGAUCGACAGGUGGUGGCAGCACGACGACAGUAUUUCUAUCAGAUCUUGAUGCAAGGUCCAAGCUGGCACGACAUGCACAAUGCCUCUGAGCUGGCUCCACAGCUUGUGCAAGACACGCACCUUUUCCGCGAUGGAAUCGGGGAGCGACUCGUCGAUUUCACUCGAGCCUGCUUCAUGGCCGUGUCAGCUACAGUUCUUGCUUGCAGUCGCGACUGGAAGGUCAGCAUUCUCAUGGCCAUCAUCAUGCCCAUUGCAGGAAUGUGCAUGGCUUUGUCAGUCGAAGUCGUGCGGAACUUCUCUACCGUGGUCGAGGCCUGCUAUGCCAAGGCCGGUCAGGUGGCAGUAACUGCUACCGAACUCAUCAAGACAGUCACGGCCUUCAAUGGCCAGCGAUUGGAGCUGGAAGCCUUCAAUGGGCAUGUAGACGAGGCUCACAUCAAUGCCAUCCAGAUUGGGGUUGUUGCCGGCUAUGCCACUGGCCUUGUCAACACUGUGCUCAUUACGGGGAUGUCCCUGGGCGUGUACUUCGGUUCCCAAUGGGUGCUGCAAGACUAUGAAACCGACUGCUGGCGCGCAUCACCGCCAUUUGGAAAUUGUCGGACGGGUGGUACGAUUAUGUCAGCUAUGUACACGAUCAUCUGGGGAUUUACGAUGGGCUUGGGCACCAUGAACAUGUGCUUCGUGGCUUUUGCAAACGCGCGAGCUGCAAUGCACCGAAUUGGCAACAUUCUGGAUGAGCCACUCAGUGCUACAAGCGGUGGCAAGAUCCUUCCCCACGUGGAGGGUGAGAUCAUCUUCUCCGAUGUAUUCUUCGCCUACCCAAAGCGCACGGAGUCCUUGGUUCUGAAGGGCGUGACCUUGGAGAUCAAGGCCAAUUGUACCACCGCCUUUGUCGGCGGCAGCGGCUCUGGGAAGAGUACGCUUGUCGGCCUGCUGCUGCGUUUCUACGAGCCGAAGACUGGAACGGUUUGCCUCGACGGCACUGAUGUGCGCACAUUGGAACUCCAAUGGUUCCGGUCCAAACUCGCGCUCGUCGAACAGGAGCCUGUCCUCUUCCAAGACACAAUUUACGAGAACAUUGCAGCUGGCAGUGCCAACUCCGUCACGAAAGCUGACGUGGAGCAGGCAGCAAUUCUCGCCAGCGCCCACGACUUCAUUUCUACUUUUCCUCGAGGUUAUCAAACCAUGGUGGGUGAAGCUGGGGCACAGCUAAGCGGCGGCCAGAAGCAGCGAUUGGCCAUCGCCCGUGCUUUGAUCCGCAAGCCUGCUGUGUUGCUGCUGGACGAGGCCACCAGUGCGCUAGACUCGGCAUCAGAGCGAGCCGUCCAGAAGGCGCUGGACGAGCUAUUGGAAGUUGGUGGACGAACAACAAUCGUGAUCGCGCACCGCUUGUCCACUGUCCGCAACGCACACCAGAUCUGUGUGUUGGACAAGGGGAAAGUCGUGGAGCAAGGAACGCACGAGGAGUUGAUGUCCAAGCAAGGCGCUUAUGAGAAGCUAUUGCGCCUGCAGAUGUCCGCAUCCAAGGAUGGGGACGCGCCGACUGCAGAGAAGGAGGAGACUACCACAGUUUUGCCGGUCCAGGCACCUGCUCCGAUACCUGCGGCACCUGGCGCCCAGGAGCUCCUGGAAGCGGCGUCCUCCAAGGAGCCGGAUGCCAAUGACCAAGCUCAAGGUAAAACAGAUGAAGAUCGCUGUUUGAAGCUCGCCAAGUCCUACGACUUCGAAAAAGAUCUUGGAACAGCCUUUGCGGUCAAAGAGGUUUGGAAAAUGUCCAAACAGGACUACAAGUACUACAUGAUCGGGGUUGGCUUCACACUCUUAGGUUCCAUGGUGAUGCCAUACUUCUCCGUGCAAUUUGCUCGGACGAUCAACAUUUUCAACCAGCCUCCUGCAGUAUUGGACCCUGUGUCCCACAAUUGGUAUGCAGCUUACAACGAGCCCUUUAUCGCCGCCAGCGUGACCAACCUCUGCAUGCUGAUGCAGGCACUCAGCGUCUUCUGGCUCUUGCAGGCGAUUGGAGCCUCCUGGGCCUUUGCUAAAGCGGGUGAGCUGCUGACACUCCGAGUCCGAGCGCGCUUCUUCGAGGCCCUCCUCCGCCAGGAGAUCUCCUGGCACGACAAGCAGGGCACUGCUCAUUUGCUGUGGAAGCUCGGUGCCGACGUUCCGAGCCUGAAGAAUCUCGUGGGCGCCAACAUCGCAGCCGCUGCCAACUUCGGAUUCACAACAGUAAUCGGAGUGGGGGUAGCGAUGUACUUCAGCUGGCGUUUUUGCCUCUGCAUACUCUUAUUGAUACCACUGCUGGGUAUCAGCGCGAUUGGUGUCGGACUGAACAUGCGCAAGAUCGAUGGCGACUACUCCAGCGGAGUGGUGUCCGAGGCCGUGAACUGUGUGAAGACCGUGACGGCCUUCGGAUUGCAGGGUCGGCUAAUGGAGAAGUAUGAGACCAAACUCGAGAGCCACAUGGAAGACGAACAGCGUAUUCGACGCAUCUCCGCCCUGGGAACCGGAGUUGCAUCGGCGGGUGUUUUCAUGAUCCUGGCCAUGGCAGUUUUUGGCAUCAACGUCUUUAUCUCCCGGGGCAUGAUGCAGGUGGACAUAGCCACGAUUGUGAUCAUGGUUCUGGUCACCACUGUCAGUGCUUUCGGUGAACUUGCACGCCUUGUGACCGACACCAGCUUGCCGCAAGAGUCGGCUCGUCGGGUCUUCAACAUCAUCGCGAGGAAGUCCAAGAUCGACCCCUUCUCCGAUGAGGGCCUCAAGCUACAGCAAGUGAGUGGCAAGGUAGAGUUCCGAAAGGUCCAUUUCCGCUAUGCAACGCGGCCGAACCUUGCCGUCUUCAACGGGCUGAGCUUCACCAUCGAACCGUGUACGACAACUGCACUCGUGGGACCCAGUGGCUGUGGCAAGAGUACGGCUGUUGGUCUGCUGCAGCGCUUCUAUGAUCCACUCGAUGGAUCCAUCCUCUUUGAUGGCCACGACCUGCGCAACUUGAAUUUGGCCUGGCUUCGAGCGCAAAUGAGCAUGGUACAGCAGGAGCCGAUCCUUUUUUCGCGCAGCAUUCUGGACAACAUCCGCUACGGGCAGCAGGAGGCAACCAUGGAGGAGGUCGAGGCUGCUGCGAAGGCUGCCAAUGCCACUGACUUCCUGAACACCAUGCCCCAGGGCUUCAGCACGCAGGCAGGCCAUCGUGGAGCACAUCUGAGUGGCGGGCAGAAGCAGCGCAUCGCGAUCGCUCGCGCUCUGCUGCGUGAUCCGGCUGUCUUACUGCUCGACGAAGCCACGAGUUCGUUAGAUGCCGUCAGCGAGCGUUUGGUGCAGGAUGCAUUGGACCGGCUGGUGAGAUCCAAGCCACGCACGACCAUCAUCAUCGCGCACAGGUUGUCCACCGUCCGAAGUGCCGACCAGAUUUGCGUCUUCAGCCAUGGCGAGAUUGUAGAAACGGGCAGACAUGAGCAGUUGAUGGAACUGGAUGGCCACUACUCGAAGCUAGUGGCAGCUCAACAGUGGCUGGCGCAGCAGUAUGCAGCGGAGCGGACGCCUGCAAGCGACAGGAGGUUCUAUCCGGAGCCACAGAAAGGGUUGCUGCUCCAGCCGGUGUAUCCCCUGGAUGACUUGCCGAAGCAAAUCUGGUACCCGGCCAGCGAUCUCCCGACUGGAGUAAAGUCGGUAGAUGAGGUAGAACCAGAACCUGAGGCUGUGAAAGACAAAGUUCCAGCCCCGCCAGAGCUUUCUGCUGCACAUGCUGACCAGGCCAUGGCUUCGCCGGAGUUGUUCCUGCAGGCCCUGCAGCUGCAACAACUCCAGGCGCUGCAAGCCCUCCAGGCCAGUUUUCCGAUGGUCGGAGCUGUCCCAGCCACGGCUACAGAUGCAGUAGCGGCAGCGGCCGCGUCAAACCCUGUUGCAUUGGCCACGCUGUCUGGGGCGUUGCCCUUCGCGGCACUCGCAGCACCGGUUGCUGCAACUGAUGCGAUGAAUGCCUCGCUGUACCCGUCAGGGAACAAGGUGAAGACGCAGAUGUGUAGAUUCUUCCCUUUCGGCACCUGCAGCAAGGGAGAGGCUUGCGCUUUCGCGCAUACGGAGACGGAGCUCGGGAAGCCGGUGGUUGAAGCAGGGACUGAGAUCGCACCCACGCCUGCUUCAAAGGUAAUGAGGGCAGGCGACUGGAUGUGCGAGUGUGGCAACCACAACUUCGCGAGCCGCAUCUACUGCAACAGCUGCGGCAAGCUCAGACCCGGAAAAAAAGCUGGGGACUGGAUGUGCAGCAAUUGCCGUUCAGAAAACGAUGCUGCCAGAGAGAUGUGCCAGCGAUGCAACUCUGCCAAAGCCAAUGCAAAUCUGACGGAAAAGAUGGAGGCCUCCUCCACAGCCAAGGGGGGACCGAGAAUACGGCCAUCUCCGUAUGGCAAAGGCGGCUCCGAUGUCGGAGGUGUUAGUGGUAAGGGUGGCCAGGGUGGCUGGUGGGACGGCCAGUGGGACGGCCAGCCAGCGGGCCAGUCGGAAGACCCGAUCGUCUCCGCCCUUGCCCAAGCCGUUGAUAUCCUCGCCGGCAUGGCUGCUGGCGCCCCCAUGGCCACAGGCCACAAACAACGGGAGGGUGACUGGUAUUGCGAUUGCGGCAACUACAAUUUUGAAAGCCGUGUGAAAUGUAACAAACAUAGCUGUGGCAAGAUACGGCCUGGCUUCGUGGACGGCGACUGGCUGUGCCGAAGAAAGGAAUGCAAAGCAAAGAACAGCAAAGUCAACGAGGUCCAGAAUCUGAAGCAGGGGCAGACCUUCAAGAACGCUGCGACGCUGUUGUCAAUGGUGGAUGUGCAGGCCCUCCCCGAUGGGGGAAUUCGUGUGUGCAACCUGCUCCACGUCGAUCCAGAUGUUCCACGACUUGUCCCAUCCAACAUAGUGCAAGGCUUCAUAAAGUCAGUCCCUUGCCGUGGAGCUGCAUAUCUAGACAUGGCGCUUCAUCUGCAGCUGCCACUACCACUUACUCCCCAGGGGCCGCUGGCGCAAGCGCGCCAAGACGCCUUCGAGGAGGUGACGAUAAACGGGCGAACGUGCGAAGUUUCGAGGCUUCUUGCGGCCGUGGUCAAAGAUCAAGAAAGUGUCGAGGCGACCAAGCGAUGA